AUUCCUCGGCCGUUUUUCCCAGCCAUGCGGCGGAUCGCCCAAUUUGCCAUUGCGGGUGCAGCAGCUUUGAGCUUCGCAGGCUUCGAUGCCUUUGCAUGGCCCAACAAGCCAAUGGGAUGGGGCUAUCGCAAAAUCCGCCAUGGCGUGCGGAGCAAGCAAGCUUUGAUCGCGAACAUCCGGGACCCGGAUUGCAAAACCAGCAAAGCCAGAUGGUCAAUUCAGCUCAUGAGAGAGCGAAAGUGGUUCACCACGACCUGGGAAUAUGUGGCCGCCAUGAAGAAGCUGACAUUUGCCAAGUGUCCGACAGAAGCCCUUGAUUUGUGGCAAGAAAUGCGCGCCAGAGGAAUGGAAGAGACGCCUGCUACAUACACUGCUGCCAUUGUGGCCUACAACUCGCGUGGAUGGUGGCAGAAGGCAGUGGAAACUUUGGACGAGAUGAUGUCAAUAGGUAUGGCACCUUUGAGAAUUGGUGCGGAGCAUGCCCUCAUGGCCUGCGAGCAGGGCGCGAAGUGGCAGAAGGCGGUCAACCUCUUAGACAUGCUCUGGGAUUACAGCAUCAUUCCCAACGAGGAGAACUUUAUGCCUGCCAUCCGAGCUUGUGAGAAUGCUGGCAUGUUUGAGAUGGGCGACAAGCUCUUUUGGCAGAUGAGAGAGCAGACAAAGUUGGUCAAGGCUGCAGAGGAGGUAGGCAUGAACGAGCGUGAAGCACCCAGGGCUAAGGCUGAAUUGUGGCGAAUCCCUGGAGCUAUCGAUCCCCAGGCCUACGAUCCUCCCAACCUCACUGCCCAAGCGAAGACGCAGAGAAGGAGAAUGCCGAAGCUGCCGGAAGGGCGUCCAGAGCUUUGGGGAUGAGGUCGCAGAUCCCCAAAGUGCGCCGAGUGAGACAUAUUUUGAUGCGAGAAAAAGUCCGAACGACUAAAACUGAUGGGAAAAAAUA